AUGCCGCCGAAGAAGACGGCGAUGAAGAGACCGCUCGCGACAAUGUGCUCCCGGCUGUCAAUCGAUGACGCGAAAGCCCACAUCCGAUUCCUGUCAGAAGACAAGCGGGAGCUGCAGAAAAAAGUGGAAACGCACGAGAAAGCCAUUAAAAAAAUGACCACCGAGAACGCGAAUCUCAAGACGAAGCUGGCGAAUGUGCAGAGCGAAUACGAGGCGAAAGUGGAGGACGAGAUCGAGAAGCGCACGAAGCAGCAGCUAGGCCAGGCGAAGAAGACGGCGCAGUUCUUCCGCCGGCAGACGUUCGAGUUGGCGCAGAAGCUCUACGAGGAGACGCGCUCCGAGGAGCAGCUGCCCAUCCCCUGGAAGGUUUGCGAUCUGUGCGUGCAGCAGUACGAGGAGACCGGAAACCGCCGACCGAAAGUCAUUCGUGAGUUUAGUUGCGGGAAAAUGGGAUUUUAGCGAAAAACGAUAAGAGCUAGGCCUUUUCGACAAGACUCCAAUUUUUUUCAGCGUGUGGCCACACUGCGUGCGCCGAGUGCAUCGCGAAUCUCUGCGCCGGCAACUCGUACAUGGUGUGCCCGUUCGACCGCAAGUUCCAGGAACUGCGCUCGCCGAACGGCGCCGGCCUGCCGACCAACUUCGCCGUGCUCGGCAUGUGA